GGGGGAGUUUGGUAUUUAUUUAUUAUUAUUAUUAAGGUUUUGGGAAGGGGGGGUCCUCGCCCGCCCCCCCUCCUGCCUCCUGCCCCCCAGCCCAGCCGCUCGGCACAUGUGGGUGCGUGCGUGUGCCCGACCCCUCGGCGGCUCUGUACCAUGCUGAAGGUCCUCACCAAAAAGCUCAGGAGCCAGAGUCUGAACGAAAUCCAGCCCUUCCAGCUAAAGAUCUCCUACCCCCCAAGUGAUGAGGACAGCGACGACUCUGAGGGAGAGAACCAGGAACUUGUUCAGAUCGACAGAGAGAGAAGAAGGAACUGUACGUUGACCCCUCUGGCCACCAACCAGCUCCAGAAUCAGGAGAACCCAUGCUGCAAGGUGCGGGCGCUUUUCCAUGCCAGCCUGGAUCGCCACAGCUCAGAAGAGGAGCUGGAGCGCAUCAACCGAGAGUUCGCUGCUGAGAAGAGGAAGUGGUCCCAGGUCAGCAGGCUUGCCUGCUGCAGUGACAGCAACAACACCUCCUCCAGUGACGAAGAAGUGAAGAACUUGUGCGCCAUGUCCUUCCGGCCAGUGGCAGAGCAGGCUGAUGGCCUGCAUGCCAGCCCGAGCCCCGUGCUGUUCAGUGCCUCCCCUCCCAAGAGACUCCAGCCUCUGGUGCGCAACCCAGCCUCCAGACCUUUAAUCUUCACAAGCGUUGGGGCAGGCCUUGAGCAAGUCAUGCCGUGUAAGAGACAUCGGCAAGGAUAUGGGGAUAAGGUCCGCAGGCCCAGCCUUGACCUGGAAAAAAUGCAGCAGAAGAUGCUGCUCAAGAAGAAUUGUGGAACGAAGACUAGAGUAAUUAAAAUUCGUAGCAUCAACGGAGGCCGCCCGCCACCCCACUUUGUGUAUGAUCCAUCCACCUUUGCCUUUCGUUCCCUCAGCACCUUGAAGCCUCUGAGCCCAAUAGCUCCAGUGGAAGAACCGUCAUGUGCCUACUGAAGGAAUUUCUCCAAAAACCUCAGGAACUAUCAACCAACCGCCUGCCGGGCAGUGAGAAGGGACGUGGUGAUGCCCGGGGGGUUGGGUGGGGGGAGAAGGGGGCAAUGACACAUCUUUGCAAUACAGUCUGGCAGCAGGAAGCAUACGGCUUUGCAGCAGUGACUGGUUUUGUGCCAUUGCCACUUCUGAAUAUUGGCAAUUGGAGAGAUUUUGUCUUUCAAGGGCAAAAUGAGACAGUCAGGUUCACAAACUGCAAGGGCAGCCACCAAGGCAAGCACAUGGAUGUGGCAGUUAAAGAUAUUCCUGGAGGGUUCAGGGGCUAGUGCGGUCCACAUGGCGGCUGUGAUAAGUGAUUGGGUUGUGACACCAAGUCCAGUCAAUUUUCCAAGUGUACUUGGGUCUACAAUGCUUUGGUGUAGACCUGACCCUUCUCCCAGUCAGAAGGGAGCUCAGGAUUGGAGACAGAGGCUAUACAGGUCUGCCUGCAAAGCAAGAAGAUCUCUCUUUGAGAUCAUGAUCCCAUUCACCUCAAGCUCUCCAGGAGAGGGAUGUGGGACAGGGUAACUGGAAAAUGUAGUUACAUGUUUCAGUUGCUCUGCUGGUGACUCAGUAAUAUCUAAAAUAGGAUUUAAAUGGGAGAAAAUUGUAGAAUGGGGGCUAGAAUAAGAUUACAGAAUGGAGGGUCUGUGUUCAGCCAUCCACGGGAAAAGAAUGCCCACCUUCAGUCUUCUCUUGGUAUCACGAGGGAGAAGUGGUGGGGUGAUCUGUGUGCUCUUGGGUCUCCUCUCUGUUGAGACUGUCUGUUUUGUGUUAUGUAGCAUCUAUCCAUGCCAUUGUCCCAAUACUCCGCUGCACCUGUGGUGAUGCUGAAGGCAACUGGCAUCACCAAACUCAACCAAAUCAAAUGUGUCCAAUAAGUUUUCCACUCCCCUGAUAGGCUGGCUAUUAAAUUCAGAUAGACCCCCCCUUCUGUACCAGUGGAGCGAGUAUUCCCAGAUGUAGCAUGGCGUGGGAGGAAGGGAUCUUUGUUUUGUGGUCACCUGUUGGUGGAAGAAUCAGGAGAGGAUUUUGAAUGAGGCUGAGGGACAGUUCUCCAUGGAUAGUUAGGACAGUGCUUGGCCUUUUUACCACUGGAGUUUGUCUGGGGUCUGCCCAUGUGGGUGCUUUGUGCUGUGAGGCAGCAGCUACUGGGAGAAGCUCUUACCGGUCAUGGUGAGGCAGAGGAACAAAACAUUUCCUCUUGCUGCAUCACAUAAGUCUCCAUUGCCAGCACCUGGUGAAGAGAUUAGGCAUUCCCCACCUUGAGUCUGUAUCUGGCUGGGUGCAAGUAAUUUACUUGUCUGGAUCAAGAGGAGCAACUCUGAGUAAUGUAAGAUCCAUUUUAGUUUUAAAUCUGUUCCACUGUGAAGGUUUUUGAUGCCACUCUUUGGAUGAGACUAAUGGUCAAUUUAGCUCCAGUAGGAGGACGCAGAGUGAACCAGCAUGCAUGGUACGUUCUGAGCCCUUCACUGAGACAACUGGGGGAAAAGCCUGAAGGCCACCAAGGCCUGGGGACCUGAAUCCCCCACCACUGCCCUCCUCCCUCCCUAGGCAGAGUGUCUGGGCAAGGCGGUGAGGGGAUGGCUGUCCUGAGGCUGCCGCAGCUCUGCCUGCCCCUUGGCCCCAGGGCAUCACAGCUAGGCCACUGCUAGGGCUUCUUGGGUUUGCUGGUGAGGUGCCUCGGGCAGAGUGCUGUGGUUCCCUGCAAAAGUCCCUUCUUCCAACACAGGCCCAUUCCUCUACUCAUUCCUCCCGUUCCUGUAGAGACUCUGCUUAUCUUGUUUUGAUGGCACACCUCAGCUUUUUAUCUGCUGCCAGAUGGAGCUAGCCAGGGCAGGAUGGAAAGCAUCACCACCUCAAACCAAACCCCUGUGCUCAUGAGAAGGGACAGCUGCAGCCUGCUACCCAUUUGAAGAGGCACAUUCCUUGUGCAGACAGUCGGGGCAGCAGCCCCCACGGCCCCGUGCUCUCUGGCUUCCCUCAGUGCUGCUGAAGUGGGAGCUGCUGAAGUGCUCGGCCCGGGAGCUGUGUUCUGCUGGUCCCUGGAUGCUGCAGGCUGCCUUCCCUGGGGGGCCUGAGGGUGGGAACGGGAUGUCCUGCCGAUAUUGUUGCCUUUUAGUACUUUUGUAACUUUUCUCUGUCUCUUCUUUUUCAAUCAGAAGGAAAAAUAAAAAUAAUGAAAUAAAGCGUAACAGCUGCUAUAUUCACA